GCCGCCACCGCGCUGGGCGUGGCGGCGGCGCGGGAUGAAUGAAGGCGCCGGCGGGGGGGGGGGAUGCGGUGCGGUUAUGGGUGCGGGGACAGUAGCCGUGUGUGGCGCGGACGGGUUCUUGCAGCGCCUGUCGGGCCCGGCGGAGCAGCGGCUGCUGGAGCUGCUCUCCUACGGGCUGGUGGUCCUCGGCGCCGCCUCGGCGCUGCUGCUCUGCUUCAUCCCCAUGCCCUACGGCCGCUACUCCUCGCGGCGCUUUGGCUGUCUGCUGCCGGCGCGGCCGGCCUGGCUGCUGCAGGAGCUGCCGGCGCUGCUCAUCCCGCUGGGCCUCGCCGCCUGCAGCGGCGCUGCGCGCGUCGCCGAGCGGCCCAACGGCGUCCUGCUGGGGCUCUUCGUGGUGCACUACGCGCACAGGGCACUUGUAUUUCCCCUUCUGAUUCGGGAAGGAAAGCCAACACCACUUUUCACUUUUGUACUAGCACUUCUGUUCUGUGUUUACAAUGGAUACUUGCAAGGACGAAGCUUAAGCAACUAUGCAAAAUACCCUUCAACCUGGUUAAAAGAGCCUUUUUUCAUUGCAGGUUUUCUAGGGUGGUUGAUUGGCAUGGCAAUCAAUAUUCAUUCUGAUCAUAUUCUCAGAAAUCUGAGAAAACCAGGGGAAACUGGUUAUGCGAUACCAAGAGGAGGAAUGUUUGAAUAUGUCAGUGGAGCCAACUUUUUUGGAGAGAUCUUGGAAUGGUUUGGGUUUGCCAUUGCCUGCUGCACCAUUCAAAGCCUUGCAUUUGCAUUGUGCACACUUUUCAUCUUGGGUUCACGGGCAAAACAACACCACCAAUGGUACCUUGAGAAAUUUGAAGACUACCCGAAGUCAAGAAAAAUUUUGAUUCCAUUUGUGUAUUGAGCUGUGCUUGAAAUACGAUCUUGUUCUGGUGGUAAUGGUGUUUUUGAAAUGUCUGCUUUCUAGAACAGCUAACACUUUACAAGCAUUAGCCAGCUAAUAUUCUCCAAUUGUCAGUGUGACAAAGCCUUUGCAUCAGUGCUACUAUUAUUACUGCUUUUCCUCUUAAAAAAAAAAAACAAAAAAAGAAAACCCCAAAUCUCUUGGACACAGUGAUAGGAAGGGAAAUGCUUUUCUAGCUCUGGAGCACCAUCAUAAAUACAUUAGCUAGUGUAUCUGAAUUCACAUCGUGGAAAGUACCAUACUGUAUAGGAAUUCUGUUGCUUCCUUUUCUGCCCAUACAGUCUUCUGUUAUUUUCAUCUGAUCUAGCCACAUUGUUCUGAGGAUUGUGCCAUGAACCCAGUCACCAUUAUUUUACAAUUUGGACAGUGUUUUGUGUGUUGUUUUGCGUGCAUACACAAAUGAAGUUGAUUUGUUUUGCUUUCCUUAUCCCUCUUCCCCUCCCCCAUACUUAUGGGAGAAUCUAAUGCAGGGAAGGACAUUAGAUGAAUAUAAUUGCUCUUAGGUGAUAGACUACUUGUUAUUCCUCCUCUUUGCACUCUUACACAGACAUGGACACUGUAUAGGUUAUAAUUAAUGCCAUUUAUAGAGACAGCCUUAGAGGUAUCUUUCCCAAAUAACAGAUUAAGGUUUAAUCAUCUAUUUUUCAAAUUUGAUAACUAUUUCAAAUAAGAUUCAAAAUGUGCUUUCUCACCCAACAGUUUGGGAGGACAUUCCUUAUUUGAGAUGCUUAGGCCAGUUUAGCACUGUUAACAAUUCUGUGUAACAUUUUCUAACUUUAUGCAAAAUCUUAAGAUUUUUAUAGAACACUUACUGUGCUGCUUUAAAAAAAAUCCAGUCUCUUCGUUCUGUUGAUAAUGAUCUAGGUGGUUUUAUAUUCCAAAAACCUGCAAUCUUUUAGUAUUUGUUUCUUGCUUUAUUAGUGACAAUUCUCACACCCCCAGUCUUUUAUUUGAGAGAUCCCAGAGGGGUUUCAAAAACAUGAUAGUAGCCCAAGUAUAUUGACUUUUGAGUUUUGGACACGUGUGUGUCAUUUGUAUGUUUGUGAUGUUAAAAAAAUCUUUACAAUUUCUAAAGAAUCUGAAGAAUUCUGCAAGAAACUUAAAAAAUGCUGCUAAUGUACUUUGGAAAUCUAUAGGAAUCAAGCUUUUGCUGAGUGUUUUCUGGUGUUUACAUGGUGUAUGUUGGACUGUGUUCUUCAAAGCAAACUGCUAAUAUAAAUUUGCCAGAUGUUGACUUUUCCAGUAUGGUAUUGGAUUAAGCUUUGUCCAAAGCUCAAAGUUCUGCCUCUGAUAUUGAUUUACACUGAUGUAAUAGUCGAAGUAACGUAUCCAAGGGAAGAAUUGGUACCUUUAAUGUUUUAGAUAUUAGUUAAAAAAAAAAAUGUAGUGCAUUCAGGAACUGGGCUCUGAAGGAAUUCACUACCCAAGUUUCUACUUAAUUAUUUCUUCUUCCUCUCCCUCCUGCCAUAUUUAUACAGUAUUUACUGCACUGAAAUCCUGGCUAUUAUUAAGGAUUUAUUCAGUGAUACUAAAAAAAAAAGUGCAGUAAAAAUUCAUUAUCAUUAUUUAUUUACUAUCAUUAUUUACAGAAGCGGUCAAAGGGAGAAAUGGAGAGACACUGCCAGUCAUGCAGGGAUGAUAACUUAUCCUACUGGUGAGUCAUCAGACUGCCAGGCACUCUUCAUGCUGAAGUUCUUGCUGAUCUUUAGUUGGGGAUGACAGACUGUGCUCUCAGCCAACAUUCAAGAAGUGCAGCUUAGGGAGAAUCUAGGAAUACCCAUUCCUUUGAAGCAGGCAUCAGUUGGUGCAUUACUUGAUUAUCAACUUGUUUAAUCUUUUCAGACUGUUGUGUUUACAAAUUUCCUUAGUGUUUUACAGGAAGUUUGAGGCUUCCUCUGUUUUUAUCAUGACACCAUGAUUUGACAUUUGAUCCUAGCUGUUUUGGUGAAAUCUCAGUGAUCAAGUUCCUUGGGGAAGGGAUGGUGAGGAGGACGAUCUGUCCAUCGGUAAUAAAAUGGAGCUCACAGAUAAUAAAGUUUAUUAGGAUUACUUAAAGAAUGUUUUGAAGAGAAUUUUAGAAACCUGGUCUUGCAUAUCCAGGUAUUUCUAAGCCUCAUCACAUUAUUGUGGUGAUUUUUAAAUUUUGGUAUCUAAAACAGCUAGGUAUCAAAAUCUAUAUUAGAGGAACAAAAUACAUAUUACAGGAUUCAAAGAGCGAUUUCAAUACCUAAUUUAGGUGUUUACAUAGUUUAUUUUAAUUAAUAAGCACAUUUUAUCUUUAAUAUAUAUCUUUGGGGAUACUUGUUAAAACAAGCACUAAAGGGACAAGCAACCAGUAAAAAAGAUCUGGUUACUACAACUUAUUCUCUAAUGCCCAUGUUAAUUAUUUUUGUUCUGUUGUGCAGUCUUUUAUGAAAAGGCAAAGAUUCUUUUAGUAGUAAACAAUUGAGAGAAACUGUUUAGUAUUCAGUUCCUGAAUUAAGGAAAGACUUCCAGGUCCACAGACGGCAGUGCUUUGGUAAAAUUAUCAAAUGCAAAUGCCUAAUCCGACUGCUGCUUCCUACCAAAAAAAAAAAAAAAAAGGCAUACCUGAGAGUGAGACGGUGAUUUGUUUAAUGCCCUUUUGAGUACGUAUAGGAGUUGCAACGAGUAUGGUACUGGAACAGUGCGUAGUCAGAAUACUACCCCUAACUGCUAUUACUACUCUCUUACUGAAUCUUCUUGAUAGUAAUGGAUUUUACUUCUUGGUAUGAAUGAAUAAAAGAGGAAAAGAUAUUAUACAUGCAUAUAUAUGUAUACCACAACAACAACAUACAACAAUUUGUAUUUGUUUUUUUUGCAACAUAAAUUGUGCACAAUUUCUAUAGGCAAUAUGUACUAGGAGUCAAAAAUGUGUAUGUAAACACAUUUUCAGCUUUUAUUGUGAUAAACACCUGUAUAUAAUCUUUCAUGUUUAGUAAUGUUAAAAAUACCUUACCACCAUAACUUCAUCCAAUAUGAAGUAAAGUUGAAAUCCUUGAGAAUAAAAAUGCUCUCAUUUUUCCCAUUAUUAUUAUAUGAUACAUAUUUUGAACCAGAUAUAUGCAAUUAUGUGCAUGGUUAUAGGAGGGGAAUUUUGUAAAAAGAAAAAUAUAUAUAUUUCUAUAAUCUAUGAUCAUAUGGUCUAAGAUAUGAUCUUCUGAUCUAUGAUCACAGUAAUUAUGCUGACUUGUUUUUAUCUCAGAAUGAUAUAUUUCCUUCAAUUCCUAAAUUCAAGGGAUGCAUAGCUACCUUCAUUCAGUUGAUAUCAAAGUUUACAGAAAAUGUGUACUGAUACCUCAAUUUUGCUCUUGUUCUAUGCUGCUAAAUAUUUAUCUUAAGUAAAAGGUUAGCUGGUUUUGUCUGUGUAAUGUUAACUUCAGAUUUAUGUACAGCAGGAUGGAGUAUGUGUAAUACUCUGAGAGCUUAUCAAUGUUCUUUCUCUUUUACUUGUUACAGACAAGGAAAAGCUAAGUUGUAUGGGAUGUGAAUGUCAGUGAAUUUAGAAAUUCUGGUUAAUUGGGAUUAUUUAAAAAUAGCAGAAGAAAAUUUUGUUUGGUUUUAGUGAUUCUGUAUUCUCAUUAUAUUAUGCUGCUGAAAGCUUCCAUAGGUAAAACACAGAAUUUACUUGGACAGUUCAUCCUUGCAUUUAAAGACUAAACUAUACUGGUGAAGAGUAUAUAAUUAACUUGGUCAAAUCCUAUAUAUAUUUUUGAACAGUAUCCCAUUUAUUUGUCAUACUUUACUAGUCCCCCCAUGGGGUUUUGACAGAAUUUAUCUGUUAGAAAACAUCUGAUAUUGCAAAAUUCUUUCACUUAAAUACACAUAGUAUGAAAAUGAACUUUGUAUGCUGCCCUUUCCAGAAGAAGAAAAUAUGUAUGCUUUCUCAUGAGUAGUAAGUAAUAGCUGUAGCUAUUUAAGGAAAGACACCUCUUUUCAGAGCAUCUAUAUCUUUGCCAAAGUUUUCCUACUAAAAAAGAUGUUUUGUGGUGUGCACUGCUUGAAUACUUGUUUUUUUUUUCUGUUAGUAAUCAUAUAUAACUAUAACUUGUGAAGGUUGGCCAAGGCUUUUGUACCAGUAUUUCCAGUAUCCUAAAUGAGGUCUUGAGAAUUCUAGUAGCUAGGUUAUAUUAGAAUACCCAGAGGCAUAUAGGAACUUGAUUAGAUGUAUUUAUAAAGGUUAUUAAAUGGCAUAAGAUAAAUUUAGUUUGUCUAAUGAUACAUUCUUAAUUACACAGAAAUACAUACUCUGCACUUGCCUGUAGAUUAAAAAAUAACAGAAGCAAGGUGGGGAGGAAUACUAUUUUGGAUUCCCUUUUGCUGCUAGUUCAGGUGAACUUUCCAUUUGAAGCAACUAUAGAACCUGGCAUUUCAACUAUUUUAAUUGUAUUUCAGCAGCAUAUCAUUUUGAGGAAUGAAGAAAAUAUUCAAAUGACUUGUCAUAUAAAGCUACAGUCUUUCAGCAGGCAAGAAAUCCUGACUACCUACUGGAAGCACUUUAUAGCCUGUUUUGGUAAAAAACACCCCUGAAAAAUUUGAUUAUUGUAGUAUGAAAAUGUAUCAGUCUGUUCUAUACUACUAAGUUUCAUCAGUAAUGGUUUCUCUUGGCAGGACUGUCUUUCUCACAUACAUCAGUCAGUUUUGUCAGGAAAACAAACCUUCUCUGCAUAAAACUGCACCAAUUUUUGCAGUGAUGCAAAGUAUCUGUCAGCAAGUAUGUUCACACAUGCACACACAAAACACAUGGAAGCAAGCAAUUGUGGAAGCUGUUAUUGGAAGACAAUUGAAAAGAUGAGCCUAACACAAAGUUUUACAUUCUGUUGUAAUAGUUUAAUUACCUCUAAGGGUUCCCUAAAAAUUGUUCCUGUGACAUCCUAGACCUGGACAUGAUGUUUAGAUCCAUGGCUUAGAAUGGUAAGAAGGAGGGUGUUGUGAACCGUACAGCAGCAGCCCUUCUUAUGCAAAGCAUUCUUCCUGAUCUGAACACAGGUUUGUCAUUGCCUUCUAGCAUAUGCUACCAAGAAGAUACACUUAAAUCUUUUUGAGCUAUUUCUAUGAAGAGAUAUCAUUUGAUCUGCUGAGUUGGAAGACUUAAUGCUGUUGUACAGAGGUCCAUUUGUACUGUUGAAGUGAUCAGCAUGGAAGCAUGUGGGACACAGUCCCCUAAAAUCUCAUCAGACAAAAAUAAUAAUGUGCUUUUCAAAUAAAAGUCUCUCUCUAACUAA